CGGGCUCAAAGCUGUGUAUGUGACUGUGUUUUCUGACAGCGCUGGUGUGCAAGUGAAUCAUUGAACACUGACUGGUGCAAACUUUUCUCACAGUCAGUCUCAUUCACUUCAUGUUUGAGACUCUGUUAGCGUCACAGAUGUCAGGACUUGGAAACUUUUAGGCUGUUUGUUGGAGUGCUGAAACACACCGGAACAAGAGGUGACAGCAAGUGACAGGAGCAGAGAUUGACAGGCACGUCCUGAAACAUACUCCUGGGUUUGUGUUGACCAAUGGACGAGGAUGAAAUCAUGUGAAGGUGUGCCAGCUUUGCAGUGUCAUGGACUUGUAGCUGGGGAAAAUCUCAUCUCAAUGGACUGGGGGCCUUGUCUGCACACGGCUGACUUCCUGUCAUCAACCUGAGCAGAGUAUUGACGGUGUCAGAGCAGACGCUGGACUCCCAUCAGGAGAGAAAACCAGGCUCCUGUGACUAAAAUAUUGCAGAAGAGGAAGAGAGUCUUGCAUGCAUCGGAAAAGAAAACAAAAAGCAGGAGGAAUUAUUGUCUUCAGCUGGCCAGAGGAAUGCAUCACUAAAUCCUAUCUCCAUACAGAUAAGCCCCUGUGUUUUUACAGACUGGACAGUUAGUGAAUGAACUACUGUUAUCUCUGUGUAAAAAUGUCUGGACAAUGACGGUGGGAGUAUUUGAGGUAAAUGGCAGCAGCAUCCUCAGUGACUGAGUUCAGAUAUUGUCCUCAGCUGCUGGAGAUAAUGCAGUGACACACAGAAUAUUGUUAACCUCAUGACACCAACACAAACCUCAAGCAGGCCAAUUGACCGACUGACUGACUGAACGAGUGAAAGAGAGAUUGCUGCUGAAGCUGUGGCUAUCUGAGGACUGCGAGGACGUGUAGCCCCGGGCGGGAACCAGUUGAGUGAAUCAGCUCCAUGAUGGGGGAGACGGCAGAGUACCAGAGGCUGCAGGAGACAUCAGAGUCCGACUAUCAACGCCUGCCCAGCGAUGAUGAAGAGAAACUGGGCAGUAACAUGCAGUGUGAGGAAGGUACAGAAUGGCUACUGGAGCUGCUGAUGGAGGUGCAGCUGCAGCAGUACUUCCUGCGGAUCCGAGAUGACCUUAACGUCACGCGGCUGUCUCACUUUGACUACGUCAAGAAUGAAGACCUGGAGAAGAUCGGCAUGGGACGACCUGGACAGAGACGACUGUGGGAGGCCGUGAAAAGGAGGAAAGCCAUGUGCAAACGCAAGUCCUGGAUGAGCAAGGUGUUUAGUGGUAAACGCCCAGACGGAGGAGACUUCCCCCAGCAGGGACAGCCGGCUUCCUCCUUCCGUAAACUGUCUCCUACGCCUCCUCUGGGCCUGGGAGAGGGGGUCCUUUCCAUACAGCCCAGUGGUGGUGCUCCUCUUGAUGGGCAGCAGCAGGCUCUGACCUGCCUCAUCCCAGAGAAAGAUCUGACGCUGUUUGAGAAGCUUGGUGACGGGUCAUUUGGUGUGGUGAAGAGAGGAGAGUGGCUGACACCUGCAGGGAAGGUGUUGAAUGUUGCUGUGAAGUGUCUAAAGACGGACGUGCUCAGUCAACCUGACGCUCUGGAGGAUUUCAUCUGUGAGGUCAACGCCAUGCACUCCCUGGACCACCAGAACCUCAUUCGCCUCUACGGUGUGGUGCUCACACACCCAAUGAAGAUGGUGACUGAGUUGGCUCCUCUGGGCUCUCUGCUGGAGCGUCUGCGAUGUGUCCGUCCUCAGGGUCCCGUGUUGAUCCACACUCUGUGUCAGUACGCUGUGCAGGUGGCCUGUGGGAUGGCCUACCUGGAGCAGAGGAGGUUCAUCCACAGGGACCUGGCAGCCAGGAACAUCCUGCUGGCCUCGGCUCACAGAGUAAAGAUCGGUGACUUUGGCCUGAUGAGGGCGCUGCCCAACAAUCACGAGCACUACGUCAUGCAGGAGCACCGAAAGGUCCCCUUUGCAUGGUGUGCCCCAGAAAGUCUGAAGACCAGAACGUUCUCCCAUGCUACAGACACAUGGAUGUUUGGAGUCACGCUCUGGGAAAUGUUCACACAUGGACAGGAGCCAUGGCUGGGCCUUAAUGGGAGCCAGAUUCUGCACAAGAUUGAUAAAGAAGGUGAACGCCUUCCUAAGCCUGAGGACUGCCCGCAGGAUAUCUAUAAUGUCAUGCUGCAGUGCUGGGCUCAGAAACCAGAUGACAGACCCACGUUUGUCGCCCUGCGGGAGUUUCUGCUGGAGACCAUGCCUACAGACAUGUGUGCUCUGCAGGACUUUGAUGAGGCUGACAAACUGCACAUCCAGAUUAAUGAUGUCAUCACUAUCAUAGAGGGGAGGGCAGAGAACUACUGGUGGCGUGGUCAAAACAAACGGACCCUGAAGGUGGGACAGUUUCCCAGAAAUGUGGUCACAUCAGUCGCAGGUUUGUCGGCUCACGACAUCAGCCGGCCACUCAAGAACAGCUUCAUCCACACAGGACAUGGAGACAGCAACCCUCAUCGCUGCUGGGGCUAUCCUGACAGGAUUGAUGAUCUGUAUCUGGGGAAUCCCAUGGACCCGCCAGAUGUCCUCGGUGUGGACCUCAAUUCUGCUCGUCCCACGCAGCUCCCAGGACGAGCAAGAAAGGAGCCUCCUCCCCGGCCUCCUCAGCCUGCUGUGUUUAUCAAGAGUAAGUCUGGUUUCCCUCAGCAGCUCCUCACACAUUGCUCCUGCCCUCUCUGUUCCCUCCUAGCUCCACUCCUCAAAGAGCCUUGCUAUGAUCCAGUAAACGAUGAUGAAGAUCUGACUUCAGCUGGACUAAAAAGAUUAUCACUUCGGAAAACUGGUUCAGUCAAAGGCUUAAAACUCAAACCUGCUGCGUGGGUCUCUGCCUCCAAACAGGGGGGAGGCCGGACUUCAGGCUACAACACCCACAGUGAGGUGUCCCUUAUUGACUUUGGGGAGGAGUUCCCCCCACCCACACCCUCCCCUUCCCCUGUGGUGGAAGUUCAGAUUCCUUCACUGGCACGGCUAGUUUUGGAGGCCGAGAACAUCCUGGACCGGACUCCGCCUCAAAGUCCAUCCAGAUCCCUGCCUCGCCCCCUUCACCCUACGCCCGUGGUGGACUGGGAUGCUCGACCUUUACCUCCGCCCCCGGCAUAUGACGAUGUAGCUCAAGAUGAAGAUGACAUGGAGGUGAGCUCCAUCAACAGCUCAGAGCAGCAGCAUGAAGAGGAGAUGAGUGACAGUGCUGUUUCUGCUGUUCAGAAGGUGGAGGGUGAAGUUUUGGUCUCCAGGGUUUCAGACAGACCCGGACUGGAAGACAACCUCUUCCUCCCCAGCAAACAGAGCCAGAACAUGACCACCUCCUUCUCCCAGUCAGCAGAGAUUUUCCAGGAGCUGCAGCAGGAAUGCAUGAGGAGGCUCAAUGUACCAACAGGAAGUGCUGUACCACCCCAAACCUCUACCUCCUGCCCCCAGACUCCACAAACCGAGGAGGGACCCCAGCAGGGCAUCCUCUCCCCCACUGAGGAAAAACCUCAGAUCCCCCCUCGUGUUCCCAUCCCCCCUCGCCCUGUAAAAAGAGGCGACUACUCCUCUUCCCGCUGGUCGAGGGAUCUCUCUCUGUCACCAACUCCAGCUGACACCACAGAUGAGGUUUCAGGCUUGGAGUUGGAACGACCUCCUCAGAUCCCCCCCAGAGACCCUCUGUCCCAGCCGGGCUCCAGGACUCCCAGCCCCAUGACUCUGGUGGUAGGCUCCCCGCAGCAGAGGGUAUACUCCAUCAGCCCUACCACCUCUGGCUCUUCCACGCACACCUAUGGCUCCUACCUCUCCACCUCUCCGGGUAAACUCAUGCCCACUACGCACAGCUUCGCUUCAGACCCCAAAUAUGCGGCACCCAAAGUGAUCCAGGCCCAGGCGCAGGGCAAGGAUGCAACGAGUAAGGGUCCCUGUAUCCUCCCAAUCGUACGAGAUGGGCGUAAAGUCAGUAACACCCACUAUUACCUUCUACCUGAGCGGCCGCAGUACCUCGACCGCUAUGACCGCUUCUUUAGGGAGGCAGAGAGUCUCCCUUCAAGCGCCACAGAGGAACGGCAAGUACGGCAAGCCAACAUGGCCACCGUCAGACCCAUGGUGGUCAGUGGACAGACCCUGCAGGGGCACGCCCAGCCUGGAGAGCUGAAGGCUAACUUCUCCUCUAACAAUAACAGUAGUCUGGGGGCUCCACGGUCAGGGAUGAAGACAUCAGUUAGUCUCCCUCGUGUCUGUUCAGAAGGGCUGACAGCACCUGUGGGUCCUGGUUCCUGUACCAGGACGGAUGGAGGAGGGAACUCGGCUGACAGGGUCAAAAUGGUGCAGGAGGCAGUUCAUGGUGUGACUUUAGAAGAGUGCCAAGCCGCCCUCCAGAACCACAACUGGAACAUCCAGAAAGCUGUGCAUUAUCUUAAGGUGGAACAGUUGUUCUGUUUGGGUCUGAGGAGCAGGUCCGAGUGUCUAAAGCUGCUGGAGAUGUGUGACUGGAACCUGGAGGUGGCCAGCACGCAGAUGUUAGAUAACUACGGAUCCUCAAACAGACAGAGACGGUGACAGAGAUCUCAAGCUGCUGAGCUCUGAUUGGAACUUCAUCCCCAGAAAAACAUCAUCAGUGAAGGUGAAUCUCCUCCUCACCUUCCUGUUCUCACACGUCCAAUCAGAAGACUGUAUUUGACUUUGGAAGAAUCCAGCACAUUUUCACUGAGCUAGCACAAAAACCAAACUCCAUUAUGGCUCUUUUUUUUUUAGAUUUAACAUGGACAGAGGAUCUCCGCCUGAGGGCACAAAGAGGACUUUUGGUCUGAGAGAUACGUGAUUGUUGCACUUAUGAGGAAUUUUCAGAACUCCACCAACUGUCUUUUAUAAUUUUUCCAAGUAAAAAUGUGCUUGUGAGCUUCAAUCAGCCUGAUUUGGGGCACCCAAAAGAUCACAACAGUGUCACUUCUCCUGGGUGCUAAAUACCACCUCCCCUGUGGCAUCCUCACUGCCAGCUUACACUUGUUGAGAGAUUCCUGCUGCUGUGAUCAGCUGAAUUAAGAAGUAAAUCUGAAGACUUCAUAAAGAGUACAAGCACAACAAAAGCAGUUCCACUCCCUAAUGAUGUCCAUAUUUUGCAGAGUUUGUGUGUUAUUCAGAAUAAGGCCACAGCAAUUGCAGGUUAACUGGAAUUUAUUUUAUCAAACUGUCUUGGAGUUUAACCUUAACAUUGAAUAGAUAAUGUUUGGAAGUUCAUGAAAGUGUAACCUUGUUUUGGCAUCCUCAGUGCUACUUUAAAGCUUUUGUUUUGGAGUUCGAUUUUACCCAAUACAGAGCUACAACAAAAUACAAAGUUUAUAUUUAAUUGGGUGCUCAGGUCGUACUAUACAGAAUAUAAUUUGGUCUUUUUGUUUUUCCAAAGAGGGUUAGGGAUAUGAUUAUGCUGCUGAGUCAAGGGAAUUUGUGCAGAAGAAUUACUUUUGGAAAAAAAAACUUUUCUAUAUUAAAAAAACUCUCCCUAUAUAAUUUAUACAGCUCUAUUUAAAACUUGUGUGGAGCUGUUAGAUUUGUCGCAGUGCUGCAGUCUCUGUGGAGAGUUAAAGGUCAAACCUGUGAGAAAUGAAAGAAAAUAGAAGAUCAGAGAGGUACUUUGUUUAAGGUUUACCUUUUUGGAAGACCAUUAAGACUUUCUAAUUUAUAUACAAGAAGGCAGUAGAACCACACCUUUACACAAAGACAUUUAAGAGUUUGAGAACAAAAAUAGUUUAAUAUGAGACAAAACUAGAUUAUCAUUUUGAUCUCCCUUUUCUGUUUACCACAAAUCUAUUCCAAUUUAAUGUUAGGGAAUAAAAAGGACAUUCAUACACCUUAGAUUCAGUCCUUCUUAAUUCCCUCUAUCUUAGCAUUUUGCAGAGAAUUCCUCCGCGUUGUUUCAAAAAGCCCUGUCAGCUUGGUAUUUUCUCAAUGAGCCCAAACUACGUUGGAGGCCAAUAACAGCAAAGCAGUAACAUUUACCCCAAAGCACACCUCCUGUCCCUAUAAUCAUCACUUAAAACCACAAGUAUGAUAUUCUGGUCAGCAGCUUCAGGGUGAAACGAUUGAAACUGUUAGGACGUGUCAGCUCUGGGUGAACUCACUGCUGGAUAUGAUGAUACAUCUCUCACAGAGGAGCCCCCAGCUAUAAAUUGCUCAAAACUCGGCAAACACAAGGCAACUUUAGAUUCCUGACUUCUCCCAGAUACACUUUGUUUGAAGACUUCAUAAAUGCUUUUAUGCAACUUUCAGAGCAGAUUUUAGACUUCAACAAAUGCUCUAUUUGGACACACCCCCUUCAUCUAUCCGCUCCUUCCUCCAGACUCGACCAGCCCCCUUUUUUCCUGUUUAUCCAGCCAAAGUCUGUGAGACGAAGAGCAGCAAAAAGUGCAUCUGAAGAGAAGACUCUCAGUUUAAUAAGGGAUGCACAAUAUUACUGGCAUGAUAUCACAUGAGCAGGUAUUAGCUUAAAGAGGUGGUAGAUAUGAGAAUUUCUGCAGAUAUUCACAACCAGUAUAUUGGUGGUUAAUAUCUGCCCAUAUCAGCUCUAAUGCAUGAAUUCAUUUGGAGUUCUAGACAGGACCAACAGACCUAUAAGUAAGGCGUAGAUGUGGCGAGUAAGCUGCCUUAGGGCACUAUUGCUGGGAAGAAGCAUUGACAAACCCCAAUUAUGCUCUGGAUGUCCUUGCACAUUACCAAGGGCUUGGGAAAAUAAUCUGCUGAACAAAAUAACAAAGGCUGCACCUUUAAGCUGAGUAAAGGUGGAUGUGUCGGGUAAGCAGGGCCUAGGGCACCGUUCGGGUGGAUAGUAGGGUUGCCAUGAGCCUCUGGUCGGGCUCUGGAUAUCCCAAAGGGCCUGAAAACCGCCAGUGUUCUCCAGACGUAUCACCAGGGGUGAAAAGGCCCAGACAAAUCUAUCUGCCUUGAACUAGGCUGCCCAGCAACACUUGUGUAAUGAGAUGUGUUGCGCCUGACUUUGACUGCCACCCCUGCACUCUCCAGCCCCAGGUUGUGCCACAUUGGGCCGGAUGAUGAAUCCUUAAGGCCCUGUAUCAGGUUGUCACUUCACAAAUCUUUUCUUACAUUUCUUCAUCUGGAAAGUCUGAUAGUUCUCCUUCAGUUUUCCUCUUGCAACAUCACUCUGUCAUUAUUCCCCUUAGGGGCCAUUGUUCUUCUUCCUACUAGUGUCAGGGCUAACUGUCAAAGAAGGAAGCGUCCAUUCAAAAAACAAAACAAAAAAUCCCAGAUGAAACAUUUUGGAGUUUAUGAGUGAUGCUGAAACUAACUGAAAGAGGAGCCAUUCUGUCAGUGGGAACACAGAGCUAAGAACAACAAACCCACUGGGAGUGUGAGCUCACUCUCUUUGGAGUGUGGGUGGCAAAAGUCUCUAGUAUAUUGUUUUUGUUUAAGUUUUUUUUUAUAAAGGUAUUAGAGCACCUUUAGUUCAGUGGAUGGAGCAGAUGCCCAUAUACAGAGGCUGUAGUCCUCAACGCACUGGUCGCAGGAUGGAUUCCCAGUCUUGGCACUGUUUGCCCCACGCUCUCUAUCCCCAUGUUUCUUGUCUCUCUUCAGCUAUCUAAAUAAAGGCAAAAAAGUCCCCAGAAAUUAAUGAGCUUAUAAAAAGGUAAUGCAUCUUUUACACUAGAUUUUAUGGUACGUGGGGCAUAUUUGAGGAUUUUUUACAUUAUUCUUCAGGAUGUCACAUAUCAAGCCUUUAAAGGAAAAGAUGAGACUGCAUGUUUUGAGAACUAAAAUAACCCUUUAUUUGUUUGAAUUAAUUCUUUAGACUCUAUAUCACAGGUUUACACAUACGACUGCUGCUGUGUUCCUCUCUCUCUGCAAAAAAAAAAACACCCCUCUAUACCAACUGGUGCCAUC